UAUUGAUUGAUUUCAUGACAGGAUAUUUACUCUCAAUCCUCUUUGGAUAACGUUUUUGAAUGAAUUUCUUGAAAAAAAAUUUCUUUUUUUUUUUUUCUCUCCUUCAGCUGAAUUUGCAGAAACUCUGAGCUCAGAUGUCAACUGUUUUAGUUCACAGGCCUCAAUUCUUUAAAAUUUCCCAUGAUGGAUAUCGUAAUCAUAGAAAAUCCAGCAGAAUUGCGACCGUUCGGAAUAUGACUAUGGAUUCGAAAUCCUCUGGUACGAGUAAAAAGGAAGAUCUUUCAACGCAGGUGUUGAGGCCCGUUGUUCCUCAAUUGGAAACGUUAGGACCGUCUGAUCUGAAGUUUGACCGGCUUCAGCCAUCUGAUCAAGAGUUGGUUCAUCACGACAGAUUUCAAUUUGGGAAAUUCGUGGCCCGAGAAGCUGUUCUUGAUGAAGAAUAUUGGACUGCAGCAUGGCUACGAGCUGAAAGUCUCUGGGAAGGUCGGACAAAUGAACGAUAUGUUGAUAACUACAAAAGGAAAUUUGCAGAGCAGGAGUUCAAUGACAUAAAACGGCGAUGCAGAGGGCAGCAUGGGCAGAAAUACUUGUGCAUUGUCACGGUAAAGAAGGAGGAGAGGAAUGUAAAACGCACUGUUUUAAAAAGUGUAGUUGGAACACUUGAUUUGAGCAUUCGCUAUAUGUUGCAUGGAGAGACCUAUCCUGGGGAACGAGUAAUGGCUCCUCCCUUUGGCUGCAUUAACAAAACAGACCCAAAUAGAUAUGGUUAUAUUGCAAAUUUAUGUGUAGCUAAAUCAGCACGUCGCCAGGGUAUUGCGAGUAACAUGUUGCAUUUUGCUAUUGUAUCAGCCAAAUCUAAUGAUGUUGAUCAGUUAUAUGUGCAUGUGCAUAGGAACAACAAACCUGCACUGGAACUGUAUCAAAAGAUGGGUUUCGAGCUUUCACAUUCAUAUGACAUGGUUGGAAUGGGAAGCUCUCAAUUCUUAGAGCACACUGACUUGCUGUGCAUAAGGAUGUAAAAAGUUCAUUCAACACAUAUUGUUGAAUUGUUUUCAUUUUCUUUUGUACUCCAUGAAGAAAUGAAACAAUUGUGCAUGAAGAAUGUAGAUUAAUAUUAAGCUUACAGGCAACCACAAACUGAAGCCAAACCCAUAGAUAGCAAUCACUUAGAUGUGACUGUUCUUGUUCAUGUAUGAAAAUUCACUUGUGUCAAUGUAGCUACUCCAUUUAUAGAUGUGGUUACAUUCUGGCCUUCACUAAUAAUAUUUGUGAAGGCUGGUCCAGCUUUUACUAGUCUUUUGGGAUAAUUGUAACACUAUAUAUUGGAGAAUAGACUUGAUUUUCUAUAAAGAUUGAUUAGUUCAACACAA